CCCUUCUCUUUACAGACGGUCUGACCUCCUUGUCUUCAUGGCUGAUAAAAGUCGAUCUGUGACAAGGAGGAAGGAGAAGAAAGAGAGGGAGUCAGCUGAAGCAAUGAAAGAGGUGAAAAAUGAAGGAGAGAAGAGUAAAAGGGAGAAGGACAGAGGAGAGAAGGAUAAAGGAGAGGUGUCUUCUGAAGCCGAAGCCAGUAAUGGACAGAAUGGAGAACCUCAGGUGGAACCAAUGGACCUUCCUCCAUUUGAGAUCAUCGCUGGGUGAGUUUAAGUUGAACCUCCAUCUUUUAAUCAUUAAAGGGUUAAAAAAAAAUUAUAAAACCUGCAGUUAUCAAAAAUAAAAAGAAAUCUUAAAAAGAAUAUGUUCAUUAUUAAAAGCUUUAUUCAGUGGAAGACAAAACAGUCAAAUGUUAAUAUCAAUAAUAUAAGCAUUCGAACAAAUCCAUCACAUAUUUACUCAGAUAUGGAGAUAACAGCUUCAAACUUUGUGGAUCUAAGGAGGUGUAGAGCAGAAAAGAUUUUUAAUAAAAAACUGGUUAGGUGUUGAGACGUGGAGCCUAGUAACAGGGCGGAUAAUAGCAUAUUACAGGAGAAUUGUUCACUUGCGGAUAAAAGCACAGAUGAAUGAAAAUUCAAGAUGGCGGCCAUUUUUCAAGAUGGCCACCGUUGAAACUACAAUAAUAUUGCAUUUUGCAAUAAAAUCCCAUAGACAUGUCCUAUUUGGAUGAUCUUGGUGUCAAAUCAUACAUUUUCCACUAUGCAGAAUCCAAAUUUGGACCCAUGGACUUACUUACUGGCUUCCUUGUACCAUAUUUCAGUCCCAGAAUCCUGAUAUUCUGGUAUUUAUGAGGUUUACAUUAUGUCCGACUUGGGUAAAAUGGUUGGUAACAUACAGUAUAUCUUAGUGUUGUUAGAGGUUUAGUGUGUGUGUGUGUGUGUGUGUGUGUGUGUGUGUGUGUGUGUGUGUGUGUGUGUGUGUGUGUGUGUGCGUGUGUGUGUGUGAGAGAGAGAGAGAGACUGAAAAAAAUGUGUCUGAGUGUAAAAAAAAUCCAAAAGAGAAAAACGCUUGACCUGCCUGCAUUACAUCUCACUUAAUUACUAGGCAACACUUCUCACUCGCACAUACACUUUCUUACAACAUUACUAUUAAUCUGGCUGGGGUGGCACCAUGCAGUCAUGAAGAAGCUGACACCCAGAUCUUUGUGCAUGCCAGGCAUGCCACAGAAGCAGGCAGCAAGGUCAUCAUGGUCAAAGCCAACGACACAGAUGUUGUUGUCAUCACAGUGAGUGUUCUGCAGGCACUUCAGAACCUCGGUCUGCAGCAGUUGUGGGUUGCCUUUGGCCAAAGACAGAACCUGAAGUGGAUUCCUGUUCAUGACCUGUGUGGCACUCUUGCAGAAAAGAGCAAAGGGAUGCUCUUAUUCCAUGCAUUCACUGGUUGCGAUGUUGUUUCAGCAUUCCGUGGCAAAGGGAAGAAGUCUGCUCGGCAAACCUGGAAUGUUUGUGAUGAGACUUCCAGUGUCUUCAGCAAACUCAGCCAUUACCCACCUGUAUUGGAUGAUGAAGACCUGAAAACCCGAGAGAAGUUUGUGGUCAUGUUGUACGACAGAUCCAGCACAGCUGAAGGUGUCGACGAUGCAAGGUUGGACAUGUUUGCUCGGAAGCAGAGGCCGUACGAAGCCACUCCUCCAACUCGAUCAGCACUUAAGCAAUAUGUCAUGCGUGCAUCCUACCAAGUGGGCUGCAUCUGGAGUCAGUCAAUAGUAUGUCAACCAGAAACACAUAGUCCUGCCGACUGGGGCUGGAACAAGAAAGGAGAUCUGUGGCAGAUUGUUUGGACAGAGCUCCCACCCAUUGCAGAGAGUUGCCAGCAGCUGGCCAAGUGUGAAUGCAAGUUGGAAUGCUGCGGUCGAUGCAAAUGCUACUGCUUUGGUCUGACCUGCACAGCACUGUGCAGCUGCAGGUGUGAGGUUUAGAAAUGCUGUAGUAAAAGCCUACUCAUCCAAACAGCCUACAUGUAAAAAAAAAAAAACCUGCCUCGGUGGGAUCACCACCUUAUGGUGGUGGGGCACUUUGUGUGUCUCCAUGACCCCUAGAGCUAUGCCGGUUGGAGUAUUGUACUCCUGGCAGGGUCACCCACGCCAAACAGCUCAAAGGAUAGAGACCAGACAAAGAGUGAUCCCAUGGUGCUACCAUGCAUUUUCGGUGAAAUUCUAAUUGAUCAGAAUAUUAGGAUUCUGGGACUGAUAUGUGCAGUGAGGACACACCCUUGCCCACGCCUUUGCCCUCCUUGCAACCCCCCCCCCCCCCCCCCCCACACACACACACACACACACACUAGACCUCUAACAACACUAAGAUAUAGGCUACCAACCAUUUUACUCGAGUCUCACAUGAUGUAGACCUAAUUGGGAUCAGAAUAUUAGGAUUCCAGGACUGAAAUAUGGUACAAGGAAGCCAGUAAGUAAGUCCAUGGGUCCAAAUUUGGAUUCUGCAUAGUGGAACAUGUAUGAUUUGACACCAAGUUCAUCCAAAUAGGACAAGUCUAUGGGAUAAUAUUGCAAAAUGCAAUAUUACUGUAUUUUCAAUGGUGGCCAUCUUGAAAAAUGGCCGCCAUCUUGAAUUUUCAUUUGGCCAGACGGAAAUAUCAAAAGCCAAACUUCUAAGGAGUAUGUGUGCCAAUUUUGCUGCUUUUAUCCGCAAGUGAAGAUUAUUACAGUUAUCUGCUCAGCUAGAGGGAAAAGCAGAACAGAAGCUCAAAAAUGUGAAGUGUUUCGAAGUAGAGCUGUUAAAAUAUAGAGCUGUUUAACUGUAGAGUUGUUUAUAUGUGGAGCUGUAAAAUAUAGAUUUGCAUCUAAGUAGAGCUGUUAACAUGUAAAGGUGUUAAAAUGUAUUCUUCUAGGAUUUGGGUUGACUGUCGUUUGAGCAGGAAAGUGAGAAGUGAGUUUAAUCAGGUACCUGGUGGUAUUACAUUUUUUUUAUGUUUAAAACUCUUAGGUGCACUUUAAUUUUUUACCUUUUUGUUUUAUGCUUCGUCAGUCUUCUACGCCGACAUACAUUUAGUUGGUAAUUUGACAUGUAUUUGGGUAUUUAGGUUAAGAGUUAAGGUUUAGAGAACAGUGGUGUCUUCUUAUUGGGUUUAGUAUUAAACCCCCUGCCCCUUUUGUUAGGUUGUGCCACACGGAAACUAAAAAUCAGAUUUCGUGUUAUAUAUAUUUCUUUACAAUAUCUCAGCUCAAACCCUAAUAUGCUGACAGUUUAAUUCUUUUCUUCACAGGGACAGGAUCGAUCCCUUUGUCUUUAAGUUCCAGUUCAAGAAUGUGGAAUACUCAUCAGGUCGCAAUAAGACGUUCUUGUGUUACCUGGUGGACAGAGGAAACACACCUGAUGGGCUGCUAAGAGGAUAUCUGGAGGAUGAACACACUGGACCUCAUGUGGAGGAGGCUUUCUUCACCCAAUGUCUUCCACACUAUGACCCUGCCGUCAAAUACACUGUAACCUGGUACUGAGCUCCAUCACUGCCUGACAAAUUUAGGACUUAAAGGGCAGAUAAUUAUUUUUUUACUAAAUAACAAAUAAAGUUAAAAUAUCAAUCUCAUUUCCGAAACGAGUGAAUUCAUCAGACUUUUCAAACACAGAUAUAUAACAUUUAUUGGCAUCUAAUUUUUUUAAUAAUUUAUAGCAAGAAAUCAAAAGGGGUGGGGCCUAUCAGAGCUGUCACUAAAAAAGAGGUGGGGCAAACCAGAUGACCAGAACGCAGCCUAAACAAAACCUCUGAUGUCUAACACAGAUCCCAUAAGUGAGAUUCUUCCAAUAGCUGCCAAACAUUUGAACAACUUUACACACCACUGCAGAGGAGUCUAACAAGUAGCUAACAAUCCACUAACAUCCACACAACUCUUAGUUAAUGUUCAUGAAACACUGUGCCAAGCCUGAGCUAACUCUGAGCUAAAAUCUACAUAACUCUGAGCUAACACUGAGCUAAUGUCCAUGCAACACUGAGCUAAGCCUGAGCUAACUCCAAGCUUACUCUCAGCUAACUCUGAGCUAACCCUGGCUAACUCUGAGCAAACCCUAAGCUAACUCUGAACUAUUCCUAACCUUAACUCUGAGCAAACCUUCCUGAGUCCCCAUUAUAAAUUAGUCUGACUGUCACUUAUUAAAAUAAAUAUUGAGGCUUUUUUUUCUGUCUCUGUUGGAUCAACGGGACAUCAUUUAUUGCAGGAUGGUGAAAAGUUCUUUUCAACCUUUGAACAAAUUGUAUCACUUCAUUCAAGGGAGACAGCUCCAGGACACAUCUCUGUCUCUGUACCAAAAAACUGUACUGGCCUAUUAAAAAACUAUCUGAUCUCUUCAAUGUGUCAUCUAUCACACACCCUCACAGUCAUGGCCUAAUUUGCAAGUUCCCAUCGUUCACACAAAGCUGCAAAAUUUUAGUUUCUGCUUCAAACAAUUACAAAUUAACUUGUAAAAGAUUUUAAGAUGUCUACACUUAAUCGGCUGACACAAUUCUCCGUUUUAAUUUAGUGUUUAAUCAAUUUUAGCUAUUUUUGCUUUUAAUAUUUGCACUGCUCCUACUGUUCUUAAUUUUUUUUUACAUUUUUAAAUUUCAUUUUUAACUCUUGCUCUCUUACCACUUAAUCUAUGAACAGCACUUUUUAUUUGUUUCUUUUUUUAAUGCUGCCCUCCAACCUCCAUUAAUAUUUGUAUCUGUUUUAUUGUCUGCACCAUUACAAACAAGGUCUACACCACACUGUGUUUUUCAAGGAUUUAUAAUAAAUAAAUUAAUGAAUAAUAACCUUUCAUAUAUAUAUUUAUACUCUUGUUCAUUUUUUUAUAUACCUUUUGUACCUUUAUUUGUACCCUUAUGUAAAUCUAGUACCAUGUUGCACCUGUUCAUUCUUUUUAGUAGUGACAGAUCUGAAUCAGACGAACCUUUGUCUCUCCAUGCUCAGGUACGUGUCUUCCAGUCCGUGUUCUGCGUGUGCAGCAAAAAUCGCCGAGGUAUUAAAGGUGAGGAAAAACAUCAAAAUGACUGUUUUUGCUGCUCGCCUGUUUGAGUGGGAGGAGUCUGAAAUUCAGGAUGGGCUGAAGAUGCUGCAAGCUGCUGGCUGUAAGCUGAGGGUGAUGAAACCUCUGGACUUCUCCUACACCUGGGACACGUUUGUGGAGCACGAGGACCAACCGCUGAACCUGUGGGAGGACUGCAAAGACAACUAUGAAUACUACCAUGAAAAACUGUCUGACAUCCUCCAGUGAGCUUGGUGAGGUCUUUAUUAUUAACCUUAUAACUUUAUGAACACAGUGAGAUCCAAACUAUAUUACAACAUUCAAGAGUGAUGAACAGAGACCACAGCUCAGAGUGAUCUGAUCUGUAUUGUUUACCAGUGUGUUGUUGGUUCUUGUUUCCAGUAUGCUGUCUGUACUGGUUUCCAGUAUGUAGUCUGUAAUGGUUUCCUGUAUUGGACUGAGUCAGGCUUCCAGUUUCUUUUUUCUAGUCUGUAGUCUGUAGUCUGUAGUCUGUGCUGGUGUUAAAACGGUCAAAGGCCAGUGCUGCUCUUUGGUCUGACAUCAGGCAGCUGCUGAGAGAGUCUGCUGAGAUUCAUUAGUUAGGGUGACCAUACGUCCUCUUUUACCUGGACAUGUCCUCUUUUGGGGGGCUGUCCAGCCUGUCCGAGGGGAGUUUAUAAAAUCCUUCAAUUGGGACUGUGUGUCUGUUUGUUGUAACUAUUUAUUGCUGCCAUUCUUGGUCAGGUCUCCCUUGCAAAUGAGAUCCUCAGAUCUCAAAGGGACAAACCUGGUUAAAUAAAGGUUAAAUAAAAUGUCUGGGAUUUUGUUCUUCCAUAGCUUUGAGUUUGUGUAGCACGUACUUCUUCUUCACAUCACAGACAAUUGUAUUUACUAUCUAUUUCAAUGGUUAUUUAGGAACACACUCUUAGACGCCAAACCCCGGAAUGUAUAUCAUUCAUUAUAAAACAGUGCAGCGCAGUUGCCUCUGCUGCUCUGCUCCUCAGCUCAGUUAUGUGUUUGUUAUGUCAUAAUAAUGCAUCUCUGCCCUCCAUACUCCAGACUCCAGCCAAUGAAAACACAACGUGUAGGGGGACGACGACGAGGUGUAAAACAGCUCGUUACAACAUGCAUUGUACGUUUAAUUAAGUCAUAAAUUUUCCCCCAAUAAGAAGGAUCUGAUGGAAAAGACUGCUGAGCCAGAUGCAAUCAAAAGCUUUCCUGAGAUCAACUGAGCAAGUCCCUUGUUCUUUCGGUGAACAUGAUUUUGGACCUCUGUAUGGACAGGAAAUGUGUAGUCUGAUGUUCUGGGCGUGAGCCGGUUUGGGAGUAACUGAGUAUUGAGCCUUCAGCCAGGUAGGACUGUACUCUUGAACUCAGCAUACUCCAAGCUAGUUUUCCUACAGUGGAACAGACUCCCCUAAUGUUAUCACAUUCAGAUGAUCUCCAUUUUUAAACCAGGAGUCAUCCGAUCCUUUUUCCAAGCUUCAGGAUAAACUCCACUUUUUCAUACUAAAUUAAAUCAUUUUAGUAUGACAGUUUACUGCUGCCAUAUUUUGACGUUCCGGUCCUAAUGCCAUCGCGUCACAAGCCUUAACACUUUUAAAAACAGUUUUUCUUGAAGCUCUUCAAUUGUAAUGGGACCAUUUAAAGAAUUUUGGACGUGUAGUUUUCUGUCUUUUUAGCUGGAAGCUAUCUUUGUUGAGAUAGUCUACCUCACAUGCAGUAGUUUUGAUCAGCUGGAGUUCAGGGACAGUUAAUGUUAGCUUGUUAGCUAACCGUCUCUGCAGUUGUAUCUCAGUCUUCUUGUUUUUCUUCAUCUUUUUUUGACAUAAAUUUCCUUUUUUUAACUUUCAAAGAGAUACUGGGGUCACAGUCUUCUUUUUCAGUGGAUAUCCUGGCCACUUUAUCAUAAAAACACUUCAAGCCAACAAACAUAACUUCAAAGUGCAUCUCGAGGUCUGUAUUUUAGCUGCCAUGAGGUGAAGGUCCACCACCUGUGCCUCUGGCCUGGGUGAUCUGGUGGAGUUGGGCUUUGUGUUCAGUGGGGGUUAGGAAGAAGAGGAGAGGUUCAGGGUUUGAGUUGUAGGUAAAGGCUGUUCUUCAGUGGUGUGUAGGGGGGCACCAUUCAGCAGUAGAGGAGAGGAGGUUUGUGGACAGGAGCAUGUGCACAGCUGGGUUGGGAUUUAUGGCCGCUCUUCUAGAGUGUCUCCUUCACCCCUUGUAGCUCUCUACUGAAGCUUAAGUACCUGAUUACUGCAUCUUCCUUUGUUUUCAGAGCCUGGGCUGGUAGGGUGGCAUUCUCCUCCUCUAGCUACAGUUUGAUUAAGUGGUCUGAGUCUCCUCUGUGUCUAAAGUCUAAUCGGACUCUCUGUCUGUCUGUCUCUCAGGACUCCAGAUUGAUGCUGUGGUCGUUGUAUCGCCAGUAUUUUCUCUUUAGAUCUUUACUUAACCCCGGAGGACAUGUGUGGAUGGAUUAGUCUUCAUCACCAUCAUCACCAUCAUCAUCAUCUCUGUCGUCAUCACUGUCAUCAUCACUGUUGUUGUCACCAUUGUUAUUUUUUUUCAGGUUCAAUUAAAGUCAAAAAUCAUACCAAUCAAUAAACCAUUAACAUAGUAAAGUCAGUAUAAUCAUUACCUUAAUAGUAUUAAUAGUCAGUCUGGUUUAUGGUGAUGAUAGAUUUUAAAAUCUUUCCUCUUUUAUUUAAUAAAUUUGAUCUGAACUUCCAUUGGACUCAAAGUUCAGCUUCACAUUGUGCUUGAUGCUUCUUGCCUCUAUUUUUAGUUUGUUUAUAGAUUUUUGUUUGCAAAAAUUUGAAGGCACAAAGCUUUUCAUUGUUCAGAGAGUAAUGACUUUUAAUUUAACUUCACACAAAUCUUUGAUUUGUUAUUUCCGGGCACUGAUUAUAGACCAGAUAGUAAACUGUUCUUUUAGGUUUUGUCAGUUCCGUAAGUCAGUGUAUGUUAGACAGCUACUUAUGAUGAAGGUGUUUUUAAUUUGAGUUUAUUGUGCUUUAUUUUCAAAUGUUGUGUAGUUGCAAAGAUCAGACAGUGAAAUGCUGUAGCUCAAAGUGAGUGGUAUUAAAAAAAUAAACGC